CCAAUGCCCCCCACAAUGCCCCCCCCACCCCCCACCAAUGCCCCCCCCCACCCCCCACCAAUGCCCCCCACCAAUGUCCCCCCACCAAUUCCCCCCACC